CCAGAGGCAUCAUGCAGACGUCGAAUCCCUUCCAUUCUAUGCUUGCCCGCAAACGCUCUCAAUGGCAGUGAACGAAGAUAAGCCGUAUCGCAAUGCCGUCGCGUGGGAAGUGGAAGACACCGAUCACGACGCCUCCUCAGCAAUAUGCCCACGACAGCUCGGCGCGCUCGCGUCGUCGAAGGAUCAUGCUGGCAUUGCAAAAGCCGCCGCGUGAAGUGCGACCUGGCUAAGCCGGCGUGUGGGAGAUGCCAGAGGGACGAGCGAGAAUGUUCGUAUGGUGGCAUGCCGUUUAAAUGGGUUGGCGGGAUGGCUCUACGUGGCCGUCACGCACCGCCUUCUGCGUCGAGACCUGAUGAUCUUGGCUCUGCAAAGCUGCAGACUGUGGGCCCUGACGAGGACGACCGUCAUUCUACUUCUGCAGCUUCCACAGCUUCUGACAGGUCCUCCAAAUCCCCAGUCGUCGAGCGCCGCCGAUCUGACCUCUCCACUACUGCCGUGUUGCCUGCGGCUCUGGCCUCACCAGUGGAUCGGGCCUCGCUCGUGCCUUACUUCACUAACGUAGUGCUGCCUCGCUACUGCAUGGGAGACUUUGUCCUUUCACUGGAUCACAAUAUCCUGCUUCAGAAUGAGGCCCUCCAUGAAGCCAUGCUGGCGAUGGCGCGAGCACAUUUCGACAUGCAGUCGAAGUACGGGUCCGCCACGACAAGGAACCGCACACGACAGAGCGCCAUCGUAACCUUCCGCAAACAGCUAGCGUCAAGCGCAUGUGAAGACGCCGCUGCAAAAGACCUCUUCUCAACAAACGUUCUGUUCUGCUUACUGGAUGGGAUGAUUGAGCCUACAGAAGAGACGAGUGCAUCGACACUGCACUUGAAAGGCGGCUUUGCUAUUCUGGACCGCUGGGAGAAGAUUGUUCCGGAGAUGAUUGCGGAAGGUGGCAUCAGGUCACAUCUACUCUCUGUAUUCGCCACUCUAGACCUUGUGCAUGCUAUUCUCAGUGGCCGCAGACCACAUUUCGACCCAAGCAUCUACCGCAAACUCGCCAAUACAGAAGCCUGGUGGGGGAGACUUGAUCCAAAUAAUGCGAUUAUAUGGGCUGCGGAGAACUUAAGCAGGGUCGCAGCACUUGCCAGUAUAGUCCACGGCAGUAUCAAGGCAUAUGGCUUGGAAGUAAUGCGCAAGCGCCUUUCCCACUUCGAAAUCAUGCUCAGUGCCCCCCUCCGCGCACACUUUGCUCGACGAGAAGAUGCUCGGGAACGCGAUAGUGCAGAGAUGGACGAGUGGACUGCAUUUUGUACUAUCUGGGAUAUCUCGGCACGCAUAUUUUAUGAACGGGCGAUCAGACUGAAACCGGUCGACGAUCCGGCUGUGCAACAGUACACGAAGAAGGCCGCCUUGAUGCUGAGUCAAGACUUGUUCUCGGGCAUGCUGCAGCAUUGCAUCGUACUGCCGUUGGUCAUCAUCGGAGCGCAUUGUCUGCUGCGAGCUGAUCAAGAGAUGAUCUCUCGUGCCUUGUCGCCCACGGUCUCGUACCUGGCAUUCGGUUGCUUACCUAUAAUGGAGCAGUUCUUGAAGACGACGUGGCAGAGGAGAAAUUUGGAGGCCACUUGGUGGGAAACGUUUGCGGAUAUCGCCGAGAAGACGUUCCUGUUCUGAUAGUGUGACGAUAAAUCAGCUACGGCCAGCGCAGAGAGAAGAGUUGCACGCAUUGCUGCAUACUGCGGCAGAUGCUAUGUACAUAUGUAAGUUAUGGGAAGUCUCUGACAAAUUUCUCUUGCUGGGGUGCUCUAGCACCAAAUGCAUAUGUGAAAGUAGAUGCCUUAACUGCCAGAGAGAUCCCGCAGCAGCACCAGUUCCAGCUGUCUUUGACCUGCAGUUGAUAGUUAGGCUGUCGCUUUCGGUAC